CUUCGCCCGCCGCGCCGCCGCGCCGAUCUCCAUCUCAUCCUGCGACUGCGACCGCCGGUGUCCCGCCGCCGCUCCUCCUCCCCUUCCACCGCCGAUAGUGUAUGAGAUGAUAUCAUCGGUGGACGGUACAGGUCUUGAAAUGGGCUCUCUGAUGAUGGAUCCCCUUAGCAGCAAGGCCGCCUUCAAUGGCCUGAGACUGUUCGUCAAAGAUCUUGAUUCAAACACGCUUCCUCCAUUUCUUGCCCGCGUUUGUGACCCCGUGAAGCCGUGCUCCUACUCUGAUGAUGAGAUGCUGUGCAUCUUUGAGACUGCCGCGCAAGCGCAUGGCCGCAAGAUUGUGCUGCACGUCGGCCUGAUCGUUUCGACGCUCAUUAGGAUCAUAUCUUCGUCUGUUGCAGUAUCCUUGCAAAAUGCCAGUGGUUGCUCCAAGGCUGUCUGUACACUGUCCCGCUACGUCGUUGAUCCUCUGGCGACAGAAGAGGAGAAAACUGGGAUCUUUGGCUCAAUCUGUCGGCCCUUGUCAGAUUGCCUGAUGAGCACUGAGGAGAGCAUCUCUUUUGGUUCUGCUCUUUGUGUCGCUGCGCUUGUAGAAUCUACUAACUGGCGAUUUGCGUCUAACGAGCUGGUUAAUGAUGUGUGCUUGAAAGUCUCAGGGGCUCUACAGGAGGUGCAUGGUCAGACUGUUGCGCAUUUAAAUUUGGUUGUUGCUUUGUCAAAGCAAAAUCCUCUGACACUUGAGCCUUAUGGGCGCUCUUUGAUAAGAUCAGGUUUGCAUAUACUGGAUGAGAGUGCUAAAGCAAGCAGUCCUCAGAUGAUUGUUUCAUCCAUUCAAAUGAUACAUUCUAUCAUGAAAAGUUGUAUUAUAUCUUCUGAGAUCAAUAGUAUUAUCCAUGCUAUGGAACAAUUCCAGGAUGAUAGUGUGACAGACGUCAGCAUUGCAGCUUUUCAAGCAUGUGAGACUGCUAGGUUACUUGACAGGCAGGAGAGUGGACAUGGCAAUAAUUUGAGUCAGUUAGGAAACUAUUCUGUAAGACAUACCAGAAAAGGUCCACAUUCACAUCCUGAUAUGGAUAUCAGAGAUGACAGCUCAUGUGAUUCACAUUCUUGUGAGGUGCGUUCUGUUCAUUUGUCUACUGAUUACGAUUCUCGACAUUCAAUGGGGCAAUGUGUUGAUGUAUCUGGAAGCAGAAGUGCAAGGCGGCGGCUAUGGAGUAAUAAAUCUGAUAAAUCACAUGGAAUAUCCAAUUAUGACUUCUUUCAGACUGUCAAGCCUGAUAAUCAUGAUGUUUCGGGUUUGAUGGCACACUCGAAUUCUGUUGACCCACUUAAGCCAGGUAGGAGGUUCUCAGAUGUGCCAACAAGAGUUGUUGACCAAUGUUAUGUAUGUUCAACAGCGCAUGCAACCAGUCACUGCUCUCAGAUAUCCAAGGUACAGGUUUUAUCAGGUGACAUCAGGAUGAAAUCUACUCCAAGGAAGCAGCUCCACUCUUGCACCUUCUGCAGAGACUCGGAACGAGAUGGCCGCCCAGUACCUGAAAGCCCAGCUAUACAACACUGCUCUGGGCCAUGUCUGAAUAUUCUUCAGUUCAAAAAGAACAGUGAGUUUGAGGAAAGAAGAGAAGAUGUGGAUCCAUUUCAACAAGAAUAUCAGUACUAUAUGCAAAACACUGAUGUGUUAAUAGAAGACCUGAAGCUCCCGGCUGACAAUGAUGAGAGUUUUGAUGCUGCAGCCAAAUCUCCUUGCCAAGAAUGCCAAGAUGUGAAUGAGAAGAAGACUGGAGGCAAGAAAAGAAAUGAAAGCCAUUCGCGCUAUCCAGUUUUUGUUUUCGUUUGUGUCGUAGCAAUUGUUGCUCUCUUGUUUUGUUGGUGGAAGGAGGACUACACAGAGCUUUAUGUUAUUCCUACCUAAACAGCUGCGUUUUGUGAUGUACAUCAAGCCAUCGAUUUUGUAGAAUUGUAUACAAAAACUGCGGUAUACAUGGAUGACUUUGGAUGGUGUAAAUUCUGGGGUAAAAUGAUUGAACUGUCGAAAGCUGCAAUGAAUUAAUUUAAUAAGUUCUAGUGUAUUUUUUAUUUUUGAAUGCGGUCAUAAAAAUCAGUAAUAAUGUAUCAGUCUCAGCUUUGAGUUGUAGACGUGUAAUCUAUGAUUCAAGCAAUCAACUGGAUUAGGCAGCA